AUGAAGCUUAAGGGCCUUCACCGAGCCGCCACUCGAUCCGAUGACAUGAAUCAGAAUCAAGAUGCUGCACCUGGGAUUUGUCGAAUCUGCAGAGGGGAGGCGACUCCGGAAGAGCCUCUCUUCUACCCGUGCAAAUGCAGUGGUAGUAUCAAAUAUGUCCACCAGGACUGCUUGAUGGAGUGGCUUUCCCAUUCUCAGAAAAAGUACUGCGAGCUUUGCAAGACGUCGUUCCGUUUUACCAAGCUGUACGCGCCCGACAUGCCUCAGUCCCUCCCGGUACACGUUUUUGUUGGACAUUUGGCCAAAUAUUUGUUUCGGAAUGUCUUGGUCUGGCUUCGUGCUGCCAUGGCCAUCAGCGUCUGGCUAUGCUGGUUGCCCUAUUUUAUGAGAUCCAUCUGGUCAUUCAUGUUCUGGGUCAGCGAUGAAGGCUUUGGCAACACUUCUAUGCUCUCGCACAACAAUGAAACUACGGAUGCAGCACUUCAACUGGCUGCAGGCCUCGAUACCGGGACAUGUCCCUCGAGUCCCCUCUUUGCGCCCACGACGACAUCUGCUUCAGCCGCCGAAGCCCUCCUCGAAACCCUCUCUGGCCAGAAUAUCUCCGAGUUUUUGAUGCGCAUUCUCCUAGGCUCGCUGGGAGUACCCGUCAGGUUUGAUCGAUCCGACUCAUCUCUGGAAUCUGUCAAUGCCUCAUUGGAAGCUGCAUCGAUUGGCACAGCGCCACCUUCGUUACUUGGGGAGGUGGCUUUCUUGAACAACCUCACCCGGAACCCAACGCUUAAUCGGACCGUUAUUUCGGUUAUUGAGGGUCAAAUCAUCACUGUCUUGGUCAUCAUUUGCUUCAUUCUGGUCAUUUUGGUCAGGGAUUAUGUCGUUCAGCAACAGCCCGAAAUGAACAUGCGCGCAGCCUUUGCCGGCCCCGAAAAUCCCCUGGCAGCCCAAGAACCCAUGCUUGUCCGGGCUGAGAUUGCAGAAGACCUGCGGGGUCCCGAUGAGUCGGAUGACGAAACUCUGGAUGAUGGGGAUAUGCCUCUUAUCGGCCCCGAUGAAGCUUUCGCUGCCGAGGUCGAGCAGGUUGCUAACAUACGACUCCUCCGUCGACCAUCAUCCGAUCUUCGCGUUCCUGUAGGGAUGGUUGAAUCCGAGUCUUCUCCUCUUGAGCCUCGUCCUCCUCGUCCUGUUGAUCCAGUUGCUGCCGAGGAGCCCUCUACGGUUUAUGACUACAUGCGCAUAUACCACAAGGCAGGCGGCGAAGCUGAGAGAAUCCUGCAGAUUAUCGAAGAAGAAGGGCUUCAGGACAGACUUGCAUAUUGGGUGGACGUUACGCGCCGAUCCAUCCGGGAUCGAGAAGGCGGACCAUCUGACGUUGCCCGACAUGCAGAACAAGCUGAUGGAAGAGACCACCCAGAAAGCCCAGGUUCCACCGCAGCAAGCUCAUCCAGAAAGGCCUUCACCCCUCCCUCUGAGGAAUUCCCCAUCUCCUUUGAUGAAGCUGGCGAUUCGGCAUCCGGAAAGGGGAAGGAUAAGGAACCGCUACCCCCUCUUCCUGAUCAGGACUUUGAGAUAGAUCCCUGGACAGGAGCCUUGUCACCAAACCCUUCUCGCCCGCGUGCCGUAUCUGACGGCCCUCAACUCCAUGACACUAUCAAUCCAUUGGCCAACAACAGCUGGUCAUUCGCUGGCCUCCCCCAAAACCCCGAGGAGGAGGGUUCUUCCUCCCAGGCCCGUGACCAACCCCCGGCCCCUGUGACGGGAUUCGAUGAAACUGAUGUAUCCGAUGUACCUGAUGAGCCCGAGCCAUCAAGCGAUCAACGCCUUCCUCUUGAUGACCACCACCAUGAUAGACGAGAGACUCCAGAAGCACAACUACCUGUCCAGGGCAAUGCUGCUGCCGCGACUGCCGGUGGUCAGGAUGAUGGCCCGGCACCUGGCCUUGUCGGAAGGGUGACCGAUUUCAUGUGGGGCGACUUGGACGAGCAGCAACACGCCCUUCAAGAUCUCCACCACGCCGACGACGAUAUUGGCAACCUUCGCAAUGAUCUUGACGAAUGGGAAUUUGACCUUGACGACCUUGGCCGGGACGAUCCCCCCGGAGUCGGCGGUGUUGACGACGAGCCCGAGGAUCUUGGUGAUGCCCCCGGACCUGGUCUUGACCAAGAAGCUAUGGAAGAAUUGGAAGACUUUGAGGGAGUCAUGGAGUUGAUUGGCAUGCGAGGUCCUAUCGCUGGACUCUUCCAGAAUGCCAUCUUCUGUGCUGUCCUCGUCUCGGUGACAAUCUUUGCUUGCAUCUUUGUUCCAUACAACAUUGGACGUGUAAGCGUUUGGAUUCUUGCCAACCCCAUGCGCCUAGUUCGCCUGCUUUUUGAGCUCUCAAAGCUUCUUCAGGAUGCUGCUGUCAUGGCCGCCGGUCUGGCCUCUUGGGUUAUUCUGAACAUCAUUGACAUGUUCACCGGCAUCAUUGGAGGCUUUAUUGGAUCUCAAGUCCUAUCAGCCAGAAAGGCUGCCUGGAUGUUGUGGACGAGCGCCGGCUCCCGAGUCUUGGAUUAUGCGUUUAUGGACUUUCCCAUGUCCGCCUCGGAAAUGCAGAACUUUUCUGCCAUCAGUCAUGGUGCGCUCAUUGCUGUCAAGCAGAACAUUGGCGCUGUUUUCACAACCAUUAGUGACUCGGUGGGCUUCGUUCUCGGGGGUGGUCUGCUAUCAACUGGCCUAUCUCUGGAGACUAUCACCUCCGCAGGCGACAUGGCCUGGUCCAACCUGCUCGCUCUUUCAUCCGCGUUCCUGAACCCGAACUUCUGGGUCAUUGAUCUCAGCGAGCCCGAUGGACCAGCUAUCAUCAAUCCUGUCCUGGCUUACUGGUCUGGGUUGGAUCGCUUCUGGGCCAUCCUAGCUGGUUAUGUGACGAUUUUCUUCGCUGGCGCCAUGUACCUGAAGCGAGGAAGCCCAUUCUCGAGGGGUCACAUCCUGCAAGCGUGGGAGGCGGGUGUCAUUGACACUUUGCAUCAGGCCAGUGGCAUCAUGAAGGUCAUCAUGAUCAUCAGUAUCGAGAUGCUUGUCUUCCCCCUCUACUGUGGCCUCCUUCUCGACGGUGCCCUUCUGCCCCUGUUUGAGAACACGACCUUCAAGUCUCGGAUGCUCUUCACCUAUAAUUAUCCUCUGACCUCCGUCUUUGUUCACUGGUUCGUUGGCACUGGAUACAUGUUCCACUUUGCACUGUUUGUGUCGAUGUGCAGGAAGAUUAUGCGACAGGGUGUUCUCUACUUCAUUCGUGACCCGGAUGAUCCCGAGUUUCACCCUGUUCGUGACGUCCUAGAAAGGAACCUAAUGACACAGUUGAGAAAGAUUCUCUUCUCGGCAUUUGUGUAUGGCGCACUUGUUAUUGUCUGCCUGGGUGGUGUUGUAUGGGGUCUCUCCUACUCCGUGCCUGAUAUCCUCCCGGUUCACUAUUCCUCCAAUGAGCCGGUCCUCGAGUUUCCAGUCGACCUCCUCUUCUACAACUUCCUCAUGCCGCUUGCAGUUAACUUCUUCAAGCCUGGCGAUGGGCUUCACGCCAUGUAUACGUGGUGGUUCAGGACAUGUGCGCGCAGCUUGCGACUCACCUUCUUCCUGUUUGGCGAGCGCAGAAUCGACGAAGAGGGAAGCCUCCAUAUUGGAGCUGACCGCAGGUUUCGAGAACUUCCCUGGUACAAGUGCUUCUUCUUGGAGCUGAACCACAAGUAUCAUGUUGUUCCCAAGACCUGGACAGACUUUUUCGAUGGGGGUGAUGCCAAGCCUAGAGCUCCUCUCACCCAGAGCGAAAUUCACGCUCUCACUCGGGCGAAGAAUCGUCUAAGGGACGCUAACCAGCUGAACCAAAGUGGUCACUUUGUUCGCGCUCCAGCCUCGGACCGCGUCAAGAUUCCCAAAGGCAAAAGGGUGUUCCUCGAGGUUGACGAGCGCGGCCGGAGAAAGGACAAGCAAGAUGACACUGACCUGUACGCCGGUCCUCAGUAUCAGAUGGUGUACAUCCCUCCUCACUUCCGCGCGAGAAUCUUUCUCUUCAUCCUAUUUAUCUGGGUGUUUGCGGCGAUCACUGGAGUUGGCUUCACCAUCAUCCCGUUGGUGUUUGGCCGGCGAAUGUUUAAGAUGCUGAUCCCGGAGCACAUCAGAACCAACGACAUUUAUGCCUUUAGCAUUGGUGUUUACCUCCUCGGUUCCAUCGCUUAUCUGGUCUUUCACAUCCGAAGCGUGUGUUCCAACGUGCAGCGCGGGGCACAAAAGUCUUGGGAGUGGCUGACUGCUGGAGAGAUCGGCUGGCGCACCGCUACUGUCCUGUUGCGAGGAGCGAAGCUGGUUUAUGCCUAUUUCUUCCUCCUCGUGGUAUUCCCACUCCUUGUAUCAGGGCUAUUGGAGCUAUAUCUGGCAAUUCCUCUCCACACAUAUAUGUACCCACCUACCGCGGCGUCAGUUCAGGCAUCAAGAGAGGGAGGAUCCGAGGCAAGCCGUCAUACAGUCCGAGUCAUUCAGGCUUGGACCCUCGGUCUGCUCUAUCUCAAGCUAGGCGCUCGCAUGGUUACGACCUUGUUCGCGGAUACUCGACUUGCAGUUGCCGUGCGAACGGUGCUACGGCGCGGCUGGAUGCACCCCGAUAUUGGAGUUUUGACUAGAGCUUUUGUUGUCCCUGGUCUGGCCAUAUCAGCGGCGGCAAUCCUGGGACCUCCAGCCAUCACCGACGGCCUCAUCAAGUACGGCUUGAUUGCAGGCGCUCGACCCGGUGCGAAUGAGCUGGCGGAAGUGGCAAGGUUGGCGAUUGUGUAUCGUCAAUCGUACCCAGCCGUUGCACUCACAGCCCUACUCGUUAAGAAUACGGUUGGGUUGGUCAAGGUAUUCAACGGAUGGACAGCCCGUAUCCGUGACGAAGCAUACCUGAUAGGAGAGAGACUACACAACUUUGGUGCAGCCGCAGCGGGAGCAAGAAGAGUUAGAGGUGCUUGGAGAGCUGGAGGGGCAAGACUAUAGAAGACCAGGCAUCAGUUGGUAUAUUGAUUUCUAUUAUUUUACGUCUGUCAAUACUUGCAUCUAUUAAUGCGGAGUUGGGUCCCACGGGUUUGGACCCAUAUUCACAACCACCCUGUACCACAACACUUGAGGGCCCGGACAAGCAGGAAGCGGGCCAACACAAAGCUAUUCAUGUAGCACCCCUAUCAUUUUAACUUAGAAGCGUUGGUUUCGGCCCUUUGUAUUUUUUUCUUGGAGCGGGCGAGGUCCGUGGAAAAAUAGGUAGAUCCAUCCUUUGGUC